UCAAUCCAACUUCGUCUUAUUGUUGUUCAUACCACAAUAAAAAAGAAAACCGAUCUCCUCCUAAACAAACACUUUUUGAAGAUCUGCCAACAGUGAUUGAAUUAUCCAGAAAUAAAAUGUAUUACUUCAGGUGGCUCCUAGGUUUUCUUCACCUACUUGUAUGGGGCUCAAUCAUCCUGGUCCAUGCUAUUCCACCACCAGAUCCGGUACAAUGCAACCGAACAAUCUGUACCCUCUCCAAUUCCUAUGGUGCAUGGGGAGAUCGAAAGGACUGCAGUGUCAAAAGCGUUGUAUACCCAACGACUGAAGAAGAGCUUCGCUCUGCCGUCGCUCACGCCAAUAAAAACAAACUCAAAGUAAAAGUAGUCAGCAAGUUUUCACACACGAUCCCCAAACUAGCUUGCCCUUCAUCACUGGGUCAUCAUGAUUCGUUGUUGAUAAGCACGGCGAAAUAUGAUUCCAGUAUCGAGAUUGAUUCGGUCAAUUUGGAAGUGACGGCCGAUGCCGGAGUGGCGCUACGGGAUGUGAUUGAUAAGGUUGAAGAGGCGGGGUUGAGCCUGGCUGCGGCGCCGUAUUGGGAGGGUGUGAGCGUGGCGGGGAUGAUAAGCACCGGGGCACAUGGAAGUUCGUGGUGGGGCAAAGGAGGCGCUGUUCAUGAUCAUGUUAUUGGGCUCAGCAUGAUUGUUCCAGGUAAUGAAUCAGAAGGGUAUGCAAAAGUAAAACAAAUUGGAGCACAAGAUCAACUCCUUAAUGCUGCAAAAGUUUCUUUAGGAAUUUUGGGUGUCAUCUCCAAGGUGAAGUUGUCUCUGCAGAGAGGAUUCAAGAGAAGCAUUACAUAUAAUUUCACAAAUGAUUCUUCAAUUGAAAACAAUUUCAUGGAACAUGGAAAGAAAUACGAGUUCGGAGACAUCACAUGGUAUCCAUCAAAACAUACGGCAGGGUAUAGAUAUGACAGUAGAGUUCCCAUGGAAACCCCUGGCGAUGGAAUUAACGACUUUCUUGGCUUUCAAUCCAAUGAAAUCCUCAUCUCUAAAUCGGUCAGAGCAUCAGAAAAACUAUUCGAGAGUACCAAAAGUGUGAAUGGAGAAUGCACGCUGGCGGAUACUACAUUAUGGUACAAGAAGCAAAUUGGCAAUGGAUUGAAGAACAAUGGGCAGAUUUUCACAGGUUAUCCAGUAGUGGGUCGCCAAGGGAAAAUGCAGACAUCAGGUUCAUGCUUAUAUUCACCUAAAACAAGAAUCGAUGCCUCCUGUGCUUGGGAUCCAAGAAUCAAAGGACUAUUCUUUUAUGAAUCAACUGCAAUAUUUACUGCUACAAAGUUUGGAGACUUCAUCAAAGAUGUUAAAAAAUUGAGGGACCUUAAACCAGAAAACUUUUGUGGGAUCGAUCACUAUAAUGGGUUCUUGAUUCGAUACAUAAAGGCUUCAAAGGCAUAUCUAGGCCAAUCCGAGGACUCCAUAGUUGUUGAUUUCAACUAUUAUCGAGCUGAUGAAGCUUCCACCCCGAGGUUGAACCAAGAUGUAAUGGAAGAAGUGGAGCAAAUGGCGUUUUUCAAGUAUGGGGCUCGCCCACAUUGGGCUAAAAACAGGAACUUGGCGUUUUUGAAAGUUCAAAGUAAGUACCUAAACUUUAAUAAGUUUAUUGCAGUGAAGAAGCAAUUAGACCCAGAAAAUAUGUUGUCGAGUGAAUGGUCGGAUGAGAUAUUAUUUGGGAAAGAAGGUGUUGGAAGUGAUGGAUGUGCUUUAGAAGGGCUUUGCAUAUGUUCAGAAGAUAGACAUUGCAGUCCAAGUCAACGGUAUUUUUGCAAACCAGGGCUCGUUUACAGUGAAGCUAGAGUUUGCAGACAUUCACCAUCAUCCUCCAAUCUUUGAUUUUUUUAGCGGAUUGGUCUUCAGGUUUUCUCCUUUUUCUUAAAAAAAUAAAUAAAUAAAAAAAAUUCAAAGAAACAA